AUGGUUGAAGUCAUGAAGAGGAAAAUGAAGAUUGUGAGACUCUCUUUCCUCCUUUUCUUUCUACUGCAAGUCAUUUCCUCUCAAUCAUGUUCCCAGCAAGACAGACUUGCUCUGUCGGUCCUAUCUUCAAGUUUCCAAAUCCCUUUCUCUUCGAACUCAGAUUGUUGUGAAUGGGAAGGAGUGAAGUGCAACUCCUCCACAGGGAGAGUGGCCAAACUCAAGUUGUGGAGGAAAUCAUCACAUGAACAGUAUAUUAAUUACUCGGAUUUUUCUGUCUUCAAAGAUUUGAAGAACCUCCACUUGUCAUUUGAUAAUAAUAUAGUUGGUUGUGUGGGGGAUGAAGGGUUGCCAAAUCUGGAGGUCCUUGAAUUGAAGCUGGAUAAUGCUGCCAGCAUUCUGUCUUGUGUGGAUGGCCUUUCAAAUCUCAAGUCUCUAUAUUUAUCGUAUAACAGCUUCAAUACAUCUUCCUUGCACCACGUUUUGGAAACUCUCUCAUCAAAGCUGAGCAAUCUGGAGGUCCUUGACAUAAGUGGGAACACUUUGACUAAUGACAUCUUGCCAUCCCUCGAGGGAUUCACAUCUUUAAAGGAGCUGCAUUUGUCUCAGACUGAAUUGGACUCAGAUCUUCACAUUGAAGAGAACGACGGAUUUAAAUGGCCAACCAAUUUACAAGUCUUAAGCUUGAGGGAAUGCAGUUUGGGCAACAAAUUUAUUUCAUCUCUAAGUGGGCUUGGAAGUCUCAAGUCCCUUGAUUUAAGUGGAAAUCAGUUAGAAGGAUCGGUAGAUAUCAGUGGCUCAAAAAGUUUAAGUAGAUUGGAAGAACUUACUUUAGAUGGGAAUAUGAUAGAUGGAAACAAGCUCAGGGACUCAUUACGAGCUUUAUCAUCAUCUAUUCGGGUCCUUUCUAUGUCUCGCAAUACAUUUAAUGGAACAAUUGUUGCGAGAGAUUUUAAGGAUUUAAGUAACCUACAAAAUUUGAUAUUGGACAAAACUAGUUACAUGGAAAACAAGUUUUUCAACAGUAUUGGGGAAUUGACAUCUUUAAAACUUCUUUCUGUUACAUAUUCUGACAUGAAUGCCACUCUUCCUCAUGCCGAUUGGUUUAAACUGAAGAAUCUCGAAGAGUUAGAUCUAAGCUAUAAUAGAUUUGAUGGACCGCUUCCCUCAUCUUUUGGUAACAUGACAUCUCUUCGGAAGUUGGAACUUUAUGAAAAUCACUUCAUUGGUCAGUUUGAUUCAAAAAUUGCUAGCCUUACAUCACUUGAACAUUUUGGUUUCACAGGAAAUCAAUUUGAGGUCCCUAUUUCUUUUGCACCAUUUGCCAAUCACUCAAACCUAAAGUUCAUAUAUGGUGAAGGCAACAAAGUCAUAUUGGACUUACAACCUAGUCUGCAAACUUGGAUUCCUAAAUUUCAAUUACAAGUACUGAGCUUGCCUUCAAUGACUGAGACUAAUUCUCUUCCUCUCCCCAGGUUUCUUCUUCAUCAAAACAGCUUGACUAGCUUAGAUUUAAGUAGUUGUAGGUUGGAAGGAGAGUUUCCUCAAUCGUUGUUUCAAAACAACACAAAGUUGACGGAGCUUGUCGUUAGAAAUUGCUCUUUCACAAGUGUUUUCCAGCUACCAUUGCAUCCCCUUCCUCACAUGAGGAGAAUUGAUGUGUCUGACAAUAACAUUAUUGGCCAAAUCCCCAGUAACAAUAUCAGUUCAAUUUUACCAAAUUUGCAAUUUCUAAACUUGUCUGGAAACCACAUCCAAGGUUCAAUCUCUCCUGAGUUUGGGCAAAUGAACUUAUUGGAUACAUUGGAUCUCUCGGAAAAUCGUUUAUAUGGAGAAAUUCCAAAGAACAUAUCCGGGGACAGGUCUCUGCUCAAAUACUUGAAACUUUCACACAAUAAGCUAGAUGGGCAGAUAUUUCCAACUUUGAAAUCCUUGGAGCAGCUGUAUUUAGAUGACAAUAGCCUUUAUGGUAGCAUACCAAGUAGCUUUUUAAACUCAUCUCUCAUAAGCUUGGAUAUAAGCAAUAAUAAUGUAGAGGGGAAGCUACCAAGUGUGGUAGGAAAUUUGUCAAACUUGCAAACCCUUUCAUUGUCCAACAAUCAUCUUGAAGGAUCUAUUCCGACAAGCCUUGCGGAACUUGUAAAUCUAGCGUAUAUAGAUUUAUCACACAAUAAUUUGACAGGUUCUGUACCAUCUUUUGUCAAUUCUUCAUUGAAUUACAUCCAUUUGAACAACAACAGGUUAAGUGGUUUAUCCAAAAGAAUGUUCAGCAAAAGCUCUUUCUUAGUGGUGCUCGACCUUAGUUACAAUGAAAUAACCAACAGCAUUCAAGAUAUGAUACAAGACCUUUCUGAUACAAGGUUGAACGUACUCAUUUUGAAAGGUAGCCGCUUUACAGGGCAUCUACCAAGGCAGUUAUGCCAAUUGGUAGGUUUAAGUAUACUAGACCUUUCUUAUAACAAUUUUGUUGGUUCAAUACCCAAUUGCUUGGGUAAAAUGUCUUUUGAGAGUACUCACCCUGAGUUGUUAAGGGCUGCAUUUAAUGGCUUUAUUAGUGAAGACAAUAGCGGUACAGGAUUUUUUGUACCAAAUAUACACGAGAAAGCAAACUUCACUACGAAGAAAAUAUCCUACAUAUAUUCAGGGAAGAUCCUUGCUUAUAUGUCUGGAAUUGAUUUAUCCACAAAUAAACUAAAUGGGAGUAUUCCAUUUGAGCUUGGAAACUUGACAAGAAUUCGUGCAUUGAACUUGUCUCACAAUGAUUUGAUUGGACAAAUUCCAGCUACAUUCUCCAAAUUAUCAGAAAUAGAGAGUUUAGAUCUUUCUUUUAACAUGUUGAGUGGCCAAAUUCCUCCUCAGCUAAACGAGUUGAACUCUCUUGCUGUAUUUAGCGUUGCACACAACAACUUAUCUGGUGAAACACCCGAACGAAAAGGCCAGUUUAUUACCUUCGAUGAAAGCAGCUAUGAAGGCAAUUCUCUUCUUUGUGGACCUCCAUUGCUAAAAAGUUGUUAUCCUCAAGCACAAUCACCUACCAUUUUUCCAAACGAAGACAAUGACAGUUCAGUGGACAUGAAUGUGUUUUGUGCGAGCAUGGUUUCACUUCGAAUUCGUUGGCUUGCUGAGGUGCGUUGCGGUGGCUACUCUUCCAUUCUCUUGCUCAAUUUUGCGAGUUCAUGUGCUUCAGUUCAGAAUGUUGAGCUGAAUUUUGCCAACUUCGGGUUGAAACUGUGUUGCACCUUGGAGUUAGGAGGCUAUAAGUGUGCUAGAGGGCACAUGCAAUUUCCAGGAUCACACCCAGUUUCCUUAAACAGAGAAAAUUUACAACUAUUACGACAGCAUUAUUAUUAUGCAACAUGGAAAGCUGAUGGAACAAGAUAUAUGAUGCUAAUAACUAUGGAUGGAUGUUACUUGAUUGAUAGAAGUUUCAAUUUUCGAAGGGUCCAAAUGAGGUUUCCCUGCAGGAUUACAAUUGAUGGCGUGGCUGAGAAGACGCACCACUUCACUUUACUUGAUGGGGAGAUGAUUAUUGAUACAUUGCCAGAUUCAAAAAAGCAGGAAAGGAGAUACCUCAUAUAUGAUCUGAUGGCAGUCAAUGGAGUAUCAGUUAUAGAGGUGCAGCGACCAUUUUAUGAACGAUGGAAGAUGCUUGAGAAAGAAGUGAUUGAACCUAGGAAUCAGGAACGGUUCCAGGGCAGAAAUCCCUACUAUAGAUAUGACAUUGAGUCAUUCCGGGUGAGGAGAAAAGAUUUUUGGUUGCUCUCUACUGUCACAAAACUUUUAAACGAAUUCAUUCCAAGACUUUCGCAUGAUGCAGAUGGUCUCAUAUUUCAGGGUUGGGAUGAUCCUUACAUACCUAGCACUCAUGAAGGCCUCCUAAAGUGGAAAUAUGCUGAUCUGAAUUUGGUUGAUUUUCUUUUUGAGGUGUUUGGUUUGGUUUGGUCACUUCUAGCUGUUGCACAUGCCCCCCAACUAAUUCCCAGCUGUGUUGACAGAUUGAGAAUGACUGAAUGGAUUUACAAGCGAAUCAGAACAGAUAAAUCAACUCCGAAUGACUUUAAUACAUGUGAUGCGAAGUAUAAGAGACAAUAUCAUAUAGAGGAUAUCCUAUUAAAUGAAAUAAAUGAGAUAAUUCGCCUUCCCAUGUAUGCCGACAGGAUAAGAACUGAUAGCAAAGCCAAUCAACACACAAACUUGGCACGGAGAAGGUUGAGGCUGAAAAAACUCACUGGAAAGAAUCGCAUUUGGGCAUCCAUUGAUAAUUAUGAGGUGGGUGGAGGAUAUCCAGAACUGAAGAAGGACGAAAAGAGGAGAAACAGAAAGUCGCAUUCAGACACGUCUCACACGGACUCUUUUCUCAGGGGAGGGGACCAAGUCAUCUCUGUCUUGGAAGAAAUGGUUACCCUUUUGGAUGACAUGAAUAUGGAUGAGGAAUCUGAGAAAGUGGCAGUGGAGUUAGCUGCACAAGGAGUUAUAGGAAAGAGAGUUGAUGAGAUGGAGUCUGAUUUCAUGACGGCUCUUGACUAUAUGAUUCAACUUGCCGAAAAGGACAAGGAUGAUAAGCGCAAAGAACUGUUGGAAGUGAUCAAAGAGACUAUAUUAUCACAUCUAACAAAAAAAUGUCCACCCCAUGUUCAAGUAGUUGGUCUUCUAUGUAGAACUCCAAAAAAAGAUAGUCGGCAUGAGUUGAUGCGCCGAGUUGCAGCUGGUGGUGGUGCAUUUAAAGGCGAGAAUGACUUGAAGAUUCAUAUCCCAGGGGCAAAUCUAAAUGACAUAGCUAAUCAAGCUGAUGAUUUGUUGGAGGCAAUGGAAACUCGUUCUGUUAUCCCAGACCGAAAACUACUUGCAAGGCUUGUUUUGAUUAGAGAAGAAGCUCGCGAUAUGAUGGGAGGGGGAAUUAUGGAUGAAAGAAACCACCGUGGAUUCUAUACACUUCCCCAGCCUGAGGUGGACUUCUUGACCAAAUUGGUGGCUCUAAAACCUGGGAAAAAGGUGCUUGAUAUGAUAAAAAAUGUAAUGCAAGGAAAAGAUGAAGGUGCAGACAAGGCCGACGAGGAUGAAUCUACAGAUCAGGAUCCAAUUGAAUUUCUUGGAAGGCCACUUGUAACAGGAGAAAAGACACUUCCAGUACGCCCUGGCAUGUUUCUUGAGACUGUCUCCAAGGUCUUAUCUGGUUUAUAUGCUGGAACUGAUUCUGGCAUCACUGCACAACAUCUGGAAUGGGUUCAUAAGAAGACACUUGAAGUGCUUCAGGAGGUAGCAUUUGACUAA